ACAAUGACGUCCGUGGGCGUGGUGUAACCCCUGAUCAGAGUAAGUUUUGGUGGGUAGGCAAGUUUUUUCAGUUCGACUUUCGAUAGGGAGGUCCAUGAUAGCAUGUUUAGGGUCUGCGUUUUCAUAUUAUGGGCACCAAUUAUUUUUUACGUAGCGAUUAACUGAUUACGUUUAAAGCGGCGAAAGCCACGCAUUAUAAUCCAGCCUACCUGAAUGCAAGAGCACGCAGGGGUAGAAGAAAACAACUGAGUGUAAAAGCGCGCUGUUAAGACAUCCAGUCUUCUGCAUUUGAACAUGUAACUAACGAUAAGCACAUUCCAACCAGAACAACCAGAUGCUCCAGAGACCAGAGGAAGUGGCUUUUGCCUUGGUGCUCGACACACAGACCCAGUAUUUGAAUGCACAGACAACCACUGAAAUCUUCAUUCGCCUCUGAUUGUACUCUCCCUUCUCCUGUUUGGGUCACAAUGGAACCUCCGGGCUUACUCUCUGUCGUCGUGGUCUUUGUAGGUCUUCUGGGUACCUUUGUGGAAGGGCUCACGCCCAGAGUGUCCUUUCCUAUUGGCACUCCCGGGAGGUCCCUCAGCCGCUUCAACAGCUCGGAUGUCCGCAACACCACCACACUGUUGCUAAGCGACGAUGGUGACACACUGUUUGUUGGCGCUCGAGACUUCGUCCUGUCUUUGGAUGUCGGUCAGGAGGACAUCGUAGUGAAGAGCAAGCUGGACUGGUCUCCCUCAAAUAAUGAAAUGAACGACUGCUUCAUGAAGGGCAAGAAAAAGGCUGACUGUCAUAACUUCAUCCGGGUACUGCAGUUCCUCAACUCAACGCACAUGUACGCCUGUGGGACGUUUGCCUUCAGUCCACGCUGCACCUACAUUAACCAUGAGACAUUCUCCUUUGUGACAAGCCCCAGUGGCAAGCCCGAGGAGGGGAGAGGUCGCUGCCCCUACGACCCCUACCAGCGUAAUUCUGCCAUCACCGUGGAUGGAGAGCUGUACACAGGGACGGUAGCGGACUACAUGGGUAAUAGACCGGUCAUCUCCCGCCACCUCAGUGAGGGCAGCCACAUUGAUCUGAAGCUGGAUGACACUUUGGGCUGGCUGGAGGAUCCCACUUUUAUCAGUUCCAGCUUUGUGCCCAGUGAGGAAAAGAUUUAUUUCUUCUUCAGUGAAGUGGGUCGGGAGUACGACUUCAUAGACAAGUUCACAGUCUCUCGCAUCGCUCAAGUCUGCACGAGUGACGUUGGGGGGCAGCGAACCCUGCAGAAGCGCUGGACAACCUUCGCUAAAGCCCAGCUCCUGUGCAAGUCUGACAAUGAGCUGCCCUACAACAUCCUCCAGGACAUAGUAACCCUACCGCCUCCGGAGGGGACCCCAGUGGACGAGACCCUCUUCUUUGGCAUCUUUACCUCUCAGUGGUCCGUGAACUCGGGGCAGUCGGUUGUGUGUGCGUUCCGCCUGGGUGACAUCAAAGCUGUUUUCGGGGGCAACUACAAGGUCUUGAAUCGGGACACACUGCGAUGGAGCACGCGGGUUCAGGAGAAGGUUGCCAACCCAGGAGUGUGCGGCCUGCACAAUGCCUCAGACAACACCCUCCGCUUCGUCAAAGAGAACUUCCUCGCGGAGGACAGUGUACAUCCUGCGAGGCGGCGCCUGACCCUGGUGUCGCCUGACCGGCGCUACACCCACCUGGCCGCCCAGAGAGUACAGGCGUCCGGCGGCAGGAACUACACCGUUCUUUUCCUGCUCACAGAAGCAGGCUACCUCCAUAAAGCGGUGCUGCUGGACGACGGCCCCCACAUCAUCGAGGAGGUCCAGGUCUUUGAGCAGCCUCAGCCGAUCAAAAGCGUCCUGCUCUCCAUAUCCAAGGGUGUGGUGUUUGUGGGUUCAUCAGAAGGGGUGGUGAGGGUGCCAGUGUCCAACUGCUCCUACUACGGGAGCUGUGCUGAGUGUGUUCUGGCUCGGGACCCAUUCUGUGCCUGGGACCACUCCAACAAAGUCUGCGCCCCCACCAUCAGCAUCCAGGACCAGGCAGGCCAGGAUGUGGAAAGAGGCUCCGUGCAGGGGCAGUGUACUUCGCCCAUUAUGCCCAGGUCCAGAUCUGGACCUGAAAAAUUCAAGCUGGUGUCUGUGUCCCUGAAAGAGGUGGUGCGACUGCAGUGCCCAGAGGCCUCCCGCCUGGCCCGACGCGAAUGGGUGGGUCCUGACCGCCUCCUCUCCCCAGAGCUCUACCUUCAGCCGGAAGACGGAAGCCUGCAGUUCCUGGCUACGGCCGACACCCUGGGCCAGUACAGGUGCAUCUCCAUGGAGAACGACUAUGAGCAGGCCCUGGCAGUCUACCAGGUGAAGCAGAAGAGCAGCCCAACCCCAGAGACGGCCCCCCCCAGCGAGACGCCCACCCAGCGCCUCCUGCCAACCACCCCGGCCGACUCAGCGCUCACCCUGCCCCCGACGGUUGCCAUGCCAGAGCCGGCCGCGUCGGCCACCACCAGGCAAGCCAGCAGGAACUUCACAUACUGGGUGAAGCAGAUGGGGGAGACCGGGGCGGAGUCACGGGGAGAGGAGGCGCUUCUGCUGGAGCGAGGGAGCACCUACCUGAAGGAACUGGUGGUGGUGUCCAUGCUGCUGGCGGGGUGCGUAUUCCUCCUGGUGGCCAUCGGGCUGUACCGCGUGAGGCAGCGCUGUCGCAACAAGACUGCUCCCCAGGACAGCUCCCCAGGAAGGGACUCAGAGCAGGGUGACCCUCACGAGCAGGAGCCCCUCCGAGACGGCCAGUCGCCGUGCAGCAACGGCAAGCAGAACGGCCAAGCGGCGCCCAACGGCCAGGCCAACGGGGUGAUGUGCAACGGCACGCCGAAAGGAUCCAAUGGGCAUCUGCCGAACACCCCAACCUGAGGGAAACCGUUGACCGCAUUUCACCCUAACAGUUGAUCAGACCAGAACGACCACUCUCCCUUUCCAUUCUGAGACACACAGACACAGCCUACGACUGGCCUCUGGACCGCGCAGACAUGGGGGUGGGGCAACGGCGAGUAGGACUGUCGUGGCAACUAAACGGACGCUGAUUUAUUUUGAUACGGUACUGACCUGUGUGAAUUAAACUGAACAUGACUCUCUCCUGCUUUUAAGUAAUAUUGUGUAUUGUGCUGUAUCUACUUUUGAAACGAGGUUCCAUUGACUAGACUGUUUUUGUGUAUUUAACGAAAGAGCCAAGAAAGCCGAUUUAUCGAAUGUACAUGAAGGAUUGGAUCACUGCACUGCCGCCACUGCCAGAAAGCCGGUUUCCAAUGAACUUUUCAAAUGGUGUCCGUUCAAAUCUCAGGCGGUGUGGAUGCAUAUUACACGAAACCCAGAAACAGCCUUUUUCUUAUGUUUGAACAUUGAAUUUGUUGCAUCAGGUCUAUAUUGCUAAACCACUCUCUAUGCCGCACUAAAGCAAGUUACCAGACCUUGCGCUGUUCUGAUGUGCAAGGUUUAUUCAACUCAACUAUUUAUUUAGCUGGUUUAUUUUGCGUUGAAUAUGCAUCCAAUGACUUCAAGCACAUGCUUUAGUUUUGUUCUGUCACCCAGAUGCCGAUUUUAUUAUUUUUAUUAUUCUACAUUCUAAAGCUGUGAAAGCAUUGACAAUGUAGAGCUGGUCUCUUCCAGAAUUAAACUACUUUUUUCUGGUGAGGGACUAAUUUAUUGUGUUUUCAGCAUAUAAACUGGACAGAAAUCCUAAAAUCUGAAAAUCUCUUACUGAAAACUGUGAUAUUGCCAAAAUAGCAUUACGUAUACAAUGGAAAAAAUAUUGUUUUGCUAGACUGGUAUACAGUGACUGAAAAUGGUUGAGGGAAAACUGGUUAAUUUUAAGCUGAAGUUGAAUAAAUAUGGUACUUGUUAAACCACUUUUUUUCUUUACAGACGUUUUGUCUUUAUUUUUAUACAAUCCCAUGUCAGUGUUGCAAAUAAAAUUACGUUUGUGCAAAACA